UCGCCCUAACUUGCCAAAACUUAUACUGGUAUUUUUUGUGAACUUGAAAUGGAAGAAUGGAGGAAGAUUGAAUUGCAAUUAUACCUUCAUGGGCUCUUAGGACAUAAUUGCAGGUACAGUAGCAUAGUUGGGCUCUAAUCAAAGCUGAAGGUUGGCCUAAAAAGAAAGUGCUAUAUUGUACUAAUAUAUAAAGUUCAAAUUUUGGUGUCGGAAAAAAAAAAAAAAAAGGUGAACAAAUUUUUAGGAAGAAACGUUUGGUUGCAAUUAGGAGCAAAAUUGUUUAAGAAUUUGUCUCAAACUAACAUAAAAUAUUGGAAAAAAAAAAACCACUCUGGACAACAGUGACUACGAAGUGAAAAGUAACAAAAGAUCACAUGCACAACCAACCAGUCAUGGAAGAACUACAGACUCAAACGGAGUCUGAUUCUAAUAAGAAUCUUCCCCCUCUGAAGACUGAAGCCCAAUAAGCAAAUAAGCCAAGAAGCCACACGCGCUCCAGAAAAGCAACCAACUUUUGAGAGAAGCAGAAACAAACAGCAGUCAUCAAUUCCAGUUAAAGCCAACAGAUUGUUGUCAUUAAAAUUUAAAUUAUUUAAAAAUAUAAAAAAAAGCCAACAGAUUGAUUUGUACUGAUAUUAACUCAUUCAAAAGAUUGAGACUUCUUCAAUGGAAUCCAUGGUAGAGGCAGAACCAGAGCCUCAACCACCACCACCACCAUUAGCAGACCUUAUUCUCUCCCUAGAACAAGCAACCCACAUGGCCAAACAGCUCCCCACCAUCUCUGACCCCACAUACCUUCUCCAUAUCUACUCUUCUCUCCACCAAGCCCACCACCACCUCUCAAAUUUUCUCUCCACACCCCAAUUCCCCCAACUCCAACCGCAGAACUCUCUCUCCUCCGCCACCGGCAACGAGCCGAUGCAAGUCGGGGACGGGGAAGAUGAUGAUUUUGAUGAUGGCGUUGGAGAGGGGAAUUCCAGGGACGCAACAAUUGACAUGGUUGAGGAGCAGAUGAGGGAUUGCUUCAUUAAGAACAAGCGGCCGAAAAGGCGGCUUUCGCCUUCUGCUGCUGCCGUGGUGGAGGAUAGGCGGCUGAAUGGUGAUGGGUUUGUUGGGAGUGUGAAGGGUUUUGACCCUCAUGAAUCUAAACUGAGGGCUUUGGAGCUUGUGUACCAGUUUCAUGGGUGAGUUGGGUGAAACAGGGGAAAGCAGGGGAAAACAGAGGAGUUCUGUUUUGCAUUUGCACUGUGAUGAUGGAUGGGUUUGCAAGAAAUGGACACAGUGAGUUUUUGUUGAUAUUGUUUGUUUCCUUAAGGUUCAGUUUAGAGUUUUAUUUAUGUUAUGGUGUGUGACAUGGAAAAGAAUAGUAUUUCAGAGAUGCAUACGUUGUGGAUUUGAUUAUUAUGGAUUUUUGUUGAUUUAUAGAAAAAUGUUAGUAUCAUGUUCAGUG